AUGCCCAUACCCCUUCUUCACUUUCCGUAUGUAGUCCAAAAGGAAAUUUUCAAAUCAAUGGAAUACUGCGAAAUGUUUCUAAUGUCACUCUGCUCAAAACGAAUGAAAAAUUGUGUGAUUCAAGCAAAAGUGAAAAUAGCCAAGAUAUGGUACGGUGUGUAUCCAGACAUGAAGCUAAUUGGAAUUCAAGAUUGUGGGAUCCCUGCAGAUAUGCAUAUCGCAUUUGAUGACCAGUCAGAGCCGAGUGGAGUGGAACCAAUGAAAAUGAAUAUUGGAGACAAUUUCAAAACACUUGGAAUAGUCAAAACAAAGUUGACCAGAUUGAAACAAGAAUACUGUUUGAUAAGUGUGCCAAAGCUUGAUGCAAAAGUGACAAAGUCAUUACAUGAGCAUGUUAAACAGUUAUUUCGGUAUACAGUACCAUGCGGAAUAGAAAUACAUAUGAACUCACUCACUGAAGAACUUCCAAUAUAUGAGAACGUGAGCAAGAUACUUGUGAAAGGAAAAUCAAUACUAGAUCUGAACGAUUUGGACACCUUUAUGAGUCAGUAUUAUCCGAAUUUAACUACUUUACUAAUUUGUUCACCAAUUAAUGAAGAAGCUACAUCAAAGUUACUCGAAAUUGGAAGGGUUCAUUUAUCCUAUUCCGGCAAGUGUGGAAUAACCUUCCUGUCAAAGUUCAAUGGUAAAAAAAUCAAUUUAUGGGGAGCUGUUGUAACAGAGAAGAUGCUCAAUGAGUUUAUAAGAAAAUGGAUGAAAAGUGACGGAUAUCAGAAUUUAGAAUUUGUCAAUAUAAAAUUGUCCCCUGAAUGUGUUCUUAAUAGAGAUCAUGUAAUCGAUCAGUUGGAAAUAGAGGAAUUCGAUGAAAUGAAACGGCCAGGAUGGUAUCAGUCGGAAUUUCGAUUGUUCAUGAUGAAAACUAAUCGGUUCGAUUUCAGUGGAAACGACUGUUUUGAUGUCAUUAGAGAAAGUGAUGGAAAGAGAGCAUCAGUUCUCUCAACUCCUAGUUCCUUCACAUUUUUGGUCUGGAAUUGA